GCACUUUCCAUCGCAUUCCACUCCACAAUGCUGCUUUUCUUAAACAUGAAAAAAACAGUUAGGGUUUGUCGCUCAGCAUGUGAUUUCUGACUCCUGUUACUGCAUUAAUUACCAUGGCAUCCUGGUAACUUUAUGGAAAACCCGAGGCAGCAGAUGUGCGUGCAAUUGUGCUGCACAUUAAGGAAGUGAUAAAGUUCAAAAGAACAGAUGUCUGUAAGCAGAAGCCUUGUGUUAGUAUGGUGCCAUUUUCAUUCAAGUCAUGAAAUGGCAACUUUUUCAAGGUAUUUCUUUACCUGUGGAAUAAAUACAGUACUCUUGUGGGUAAAGAAUACUCAUUGUUCUUUGAGACUAAUUUAUAGUUGAGAACAGUAUUUAUUUUUCAGAAGUAAAACUUUUUCAUGGGCAAAUGUAAUAAUGUAAGGGGAAAAGGAGGCACGUUUCUGAUGAAUACUGUGCUACAUCUGAGAGUCUCUUUGCACACAUUUAUGUAGUCCGUUUAAAAGCAUCCCUUUCUGAUGUUCCUUUUCUGUGUACAGAAAAGCCAGCAAAAGUUCAAAAUAAAAGUUGUGAAACACUGGUAUUCUCAUUUUUUAGUUUGUAAUUAAUGAUCAGUUUUAUUGCAAACUGGAGUGCUUAUCUCCAUACUUCCCCUGUUGCCAAGUAACCAUGAAAUACUAACAUCAUAUCUGAAAUACUUUACUGCUCGAAGUACUUAAAAAUAAUAAAUUUGGAGCUGUAGGAUACAAAAGCGUAAGCACAAAUCAGACCUCUGCCAAAAUUAACCUUAGUGAAUUAGAUUAGUACAUCUCAAAGGCAGUAAAUAGCAACAAUCAGAAUAGGCUGGUCAGUGUCAGGAUUUUGGAAGAAUGGGAGGUAGAAGUGCCCGUGGAUGCCUCCUUGGGGCUUGAAGUACUGUUGCAUGUUGUAAUGCAAAUGGCUGAAGGAUCACCUUACUGUGAUUAGUCAGAUCCUGUUGGUUCCAGGAAAGGGACUGAGCGCAAAAUCUAAGACUUAUGUAAACAGUUUCAGUUUCUGAGGUGCUUCUGCAAGUACUGUCCUAGUUUUUUGUAGUUACUUCCCUGCUUGCAUUUCUAAUGCCUUGUCAGCAAAGGAAAAACAUACUAAAAAGGUUUUCAUAUUAAUGUAUGAAGACACACUUUCAGCAAAUUUGUCGCUUUGUCAGAUGUUUGUGUUUAUCAAUCGCUGCUGUCCUUCUGUAUUGUUCCUUUUCACUUCAUUACAGAAUGCUCUCUAUCUGAUUGAAUACUAUCUUUUCUCAUAUCUUUCCUUCCCGCUUUUUCUGUAUCUUUUGCUUCUUCUCCAUAAGCCAGUAGACGUUUACAGUGUUUUCUCAAACAGUGGUGGCAGUGGAUUUUGACAGUGAUGUCUGGAUGUGCUCACUGAUGGUAGAGAUUGGAACUACCAGUGGUACUGGGAAUCUACAAAGUAUCGGAGCUGAGAGCACUGUUGCAUUCUGCUGGGUCACCUAGUCCACUACUUCUGGGUGCCUAAGGACACAGAUUGAAAGCAGUCACACCACUCCCCUGUCAUUCAGUUCUGCAUGAAUUGUAGCCUAAGCAAUCACAUAAAUCAUCUCAGACUUGACCAGAAAAAAAAGCAAAAAUGCAUUUAACACAGUUAAUGUGUUGGUGAAAGGAAGUGACCUGAGAUAGGACUUUAGUGCAUCCUGCUUUAGAAUUGUAUUUACUUUGUUGUCCAGUGGAGUUUUUAUUUCUUCCAAGAGGGGUUGUGUACUCACAUGGAGAGAAAAAAGGCAUUGAGUAACAGAAGCAGCAGAUUAUUGUGUAGGCGUGCUUUAACAAUUGUAAUCAAGAAGCUAGAAAAAAGACAUACUUCAUCAUAAACAAACAAGCAAGGAAAAGCCUUUGAAAUGUAUAGUUUUUGUCAGGGACAAAAAAAAUAAAUAGUCCUGCAUAAAUUGAAGCAUGGUAAAGAAAUCUGAGUUUGCUAGCAUAGGAAGUUGACCCGCAGUGUAUUAGAAGUCACUUAGACAUCUGAAAAUACAUUUAAAUGAAAGUUAGCUGUGCAAUAAGUGUUAUAGAAUGCUUAUGAGAGCUGAAAAUAUAUGCAGUUAUGCUGUGUUAAAACUCUCAUUUAGGAAGACAAAAAGACCUUUGAGCUGCCUCAGGUGGAAAGCUUUUAAUUAGUUUGACAGCCUGGCAGCAAUUACAUGCAAGUCAGGUGUAGAAUUUCAUGUUGUGUAGACAGGUCCUUAGAUUCAGAGCACUAUGUACAAAAUUUUUCCAAGUUUUCUCAGUUUUCAAGUUUUCAGAGUUGCUUUUUGCAGUCUUGUUAAUAGGAUUACAGUUCAUUGUGAAGAAAUGAAUGAUUUGUGCAGCAGGGUGACCAUAAAAAAUGGUUUUAAAGUUUCUGCUACUGUAGUUAGAAAGAUGCACUUUUUUGUUUUCCUUGCAUGUAUGUAUGUUCGUCUUCUGCUGUGCUUCAAAUCUUAUGGCUGUUGGUUUUGAAAUUGCCUUUGUAAUUCUUACUGCGUUGGAGAGUCAUUAGGAAAAGUCUUUAUAUAUAAUGCAGCUGUUGUACACUCCCACUGCCUGCCCCAAAUGUGUGCAUGAAUGUGUCCUUCAAAAGGUGAUGUUCAAGAGCUUGUCCAUUAGUCUCCUUAUAGAAAUACAAAAAAUACUGUUUCUUGCUGCUUGGAGCUUAUAUACACAUCACCUUAUUUACAGACUAAACUGAACUAGCGUGCAACUUUACUAUGGCAUGCUAUUAAAGCAUAUCCAGAAUUCUUUAACAGAAUGGUGUGCUGUUGCAACUUUGCCACACCUGUUUUUCAUACUGUUUAAAAUAAGCAGAUAGUCUGCUACUAUGCACGUCCAUGCCCUUACUGAUGAGAAUGGAGGAGGAAGCAUAUAUAAUGUUCAUUACAGAAUGGUUAAAGGGUUCUUUUGUGUCCUGUAAUUCCAAGGAAUAUGAAUUGCUGUGUAUCCACUUAGCAAUUGGAAAAAUACAGAAGGAAUUUAUUUUCCAAUCAAGCCCCGAUCUGAAUUCGAGGACUGUUGAUUUCAUAGUAUUUUAUGGAGCCUAGCAUAGCUUCUCAUUACUUUUUAAACUUUUUAACGUCUUUAUUCUGUUAGCUUAUUACUACAGGGGUUUAAUGCAUGGAUAAUUAGUGCAUGACUGAGCAAGUCACAAGGCAAACGUAUGCAGUUCUUAACACCUGCUGUAGUUCCAGCUGAAUUUUGGUGUUAGUAACAAACAAUAGCAGUGCAAAGGCUCUUUUGUAAGGCUCUAGUUUCAACCUCCCUGCUGUGUGUAGGGUCACCAACCACCAGACCAGGCUGCCCAGAACCACAUCCAGUUCUUCUGUCUCUGACAAGUGCUUUAACAAGAAUCUGUUACCUGCUUUCAGCAUGGGAUUCAUGAUUUCUUUAUUUUUGUCCUGUUUGGUGCAGCUAGAGGGUUGCAGCUGCUGAAGAGCCUUUUCUGUAGCUUGGAAUUUCUUUAGAUAACAGCCGUUCAGUUUUAAUGUGUAGUCUAGUUAAAAGGCCUCUCUCUGAUAACAUUAAUAAUUGAUUUAAAGUUAGUAGAAGUAGGAAAAAAAAUAGGUUCACAAGAGCAUUUGGUCUAGCUGGUGUUUGGGAACUACUGAGUCAUGGCCUGAACCUCUGAUUGAUCACCUGAGGUGAGCUGUGAGUCAGGCAGAGGAGCACAGGUGAAGGCAAUUCAGCUGUGCUGCCGGAAGGGGUGGAGCCAGGCUGCACCCCUCCUAGAGCUAUUGAAGAGCUGGCUGCCAGUGGGGAAGGGUCUCUUCUGGAGAUCCCUCCUUCUGGUGUUUUGUGGUGAGCCCAGCAUAAGGAUGGUUGACCCUACUCUAGCAGAAAUGGGAAAGAAUCUGAAUGAAGCCAUGAAGAUGCUAGAAGAUAGUCAAAGAAAAGAGGAGGAAAAUGUAAAGAAGUAUGCACGGAAGGAUAUUCCUGGACCUCUGCAAGGCAGUGGCCAGGAUAUGGUGAGCAUACUUCAGUUAGUUCAGAACCUAAUGCAUGGUGAAGAGGAAGAGGAGUCUUCGCAGGCCUAUCGACUUCAAAAUGUUGGUGAGCAGGGUCACAUGGCUCUACUGGGACAUAGUUUGGCUGCCUAUAUAUCAGUGUUGGACAAGGAAAGACUGAGGAAGCUCACAACAAGGAUCCUUUCUGAUACUACUCUCUGGCUCUGCAGGCUUUUCAGGUAUGAAAAUGGGUCAGCUUAUUAUCAUGAAGAUGAUCGCGAAGGUCUCCUAAAAAUCUGCCGACUUGUUAUUCACACAUGCUAUGAAGACUAUACAGUAGAAGGAUUUAAUGUGCUAUGUACUAAGCAGCCUGUUAUAUACAUUAGCUCUGCAGCUAGAACAGGCUUGGGCCAAGCUCUCUGCAAUCAGCUAGGGUUACCCCUCUCUUGCAUGUGCCAUGUGCCUUGUAACACUAUGUUUGGAUCUCAGCAUCAAAUGGAUGUUGCUUUGUUGGACAGAUUGAUUAAAGAUGAUGUUGAGUGUGGAAAACUGCCUUUGUUGCUUGUGGCUAAUGCUGGGACGCCAGGUGCUGGGCACACAGAUAAACUUGGGCGGCUGAAGGAACUUUGUGAGCAGUAUAAAAUGUGGCUCCAUGUAGAAGGUGUGAAUUUGGCAACUUUGGCUUUGGGUUAUGUCUCCUCUUCUGUACUGGCGGCCACAAAAUGUGACAGCAUGACUCUUACUCUGGGUUCCUGGCUGGGUCUGCCGGCUGUACCUGCAGUGACACUCUACAGACAUGAGGAUCCUUCUUUGUCCUUAGCAGCUGGGCUGACAUCAAGUCAGCCUGUAGAAAAACUUCGUGCCCUGCCACUGUGGCUCUCUCUGCAGUACUUAGGCCAUGAUGGGAUUGUGGAGAGGAUAAAGCAUGCUUCACAGCUAAGUCAAAGGUUGCUGGAAAACUUGAAAAACCUGGAUUUCAUUAAAACUUCGGUUGAAGAUGAACUGAGUUCACCAGUGGUGGUUUUCAAAUUCUUCCAGAAGCAUUUAAAUAGAGAUCAAACACCACAUGCUGCACAGACCUCAGCUAUUCAGCACCGUGUAAUAAGUAAUGAAGGACACAUUUAUGACACUUUCAAUCAGUGGCUAGGAGAGCAGUUGGCACAGCUCGUUCCUGCCAGUGGGAUUGAUGUGGUAGAAUUGGAAGAUGAAGGCACAUGUGUGCGUUUCAGCCCAUUAAUGACUUCUGCAGUUUUAGGAACUGAAAUACAAGAUGUUGAUCAGUUAGUAGACUGCUUAAAAAUGAAGAUACCAGUAUUGACAAGUACACUGCAACUGAGAGAGGAGUUUGAGCAAGAAGUGAGAAGAACAGUAGGCCUGUUGUAUAUUGAAGAUCUCAGCUGGCCAGGAUUAGGUAUUGUAAGCUAUCACAGUGAUGGGAAGAAUGAUGACAAUCAAGAAAAAGAAUUGGAAAAAAUUAACACAGAACUUCUGAAAAAAUUAAAUGAGCUGGAGUCGGAUCUCACUUUUUCUCUGGGCCCAGAAUUUGGAGGACAGAAGAACUGCAUUUACAUUGGCAUGGUAACUGAGGAUCUGGAUGUGUCAGAGUUAGUUGAAACUAUUGCAGCAACAGGCAGAGAAAUUGAAGAAAAUUCAAGAUUGUUGGAGAACAUGACUGAAGUUGUUAGAAAAGGGAUACAGGAAGCACAACUUCAGCUUCAGAAAGCAAAUGAAGAACGACUUCUUGAAGAGGGGCUGCUACGACAAAUACCCGUAGUAGGUUCUGUGCUGAACUGGUUUUCUCCAUUCCAAGCCUCACCAAAAGGAAGAACAUUUAAUCUAACAGCAGGUUCACUAGAAUCCACAGAAUCUACAUAUGUAUCAAAAGCCCAAGGUACAGGUACUACUCCACCACCGACUCCAACUUCCAGCCUCGCAAAGCAAAGACAUUCUGGUCAGAAAAUUUUUAAAAGGGGCCUCAGAAAUUCUGAUGCAUUUAAUGAGACCAGUUCAGUUGGCCACUGUGAUGAUCUGGAAAAGCUGGCUCAGAGACCCCCAACUCUAUCACCUGGCCAAGAGCAAAGACCACUGGAGACAUUAAAAACAGAGCUGCCCAAGGAGGUGCUACAGGCAACAAAUAAAGAUACCGAGGACAUUCAAAGCAGCAGAUCACCAAAUGACUGCACAAAUGUAGAACAAGGAAAUCAAAGAUAAAAACCAGACUCUGGAUUUAAGACUGUCUGCAUAAAUCACAAGCCUCAAAGGGCAGGAUAUUUUAAUGAUGCAUUUAAAAUGUGAACAAUGCCACACACUAAUACAGUAAUAUAAGUACUGUAACUUACUAACUGGGAUUUUGCACACAUAGAACUUUUCCCCAAGCAGGAAAGACUUGUCUUUGUGUACACUUAGUACAGUUGCUUUAAUCCUGUACAUGUUGGUGUCAACAAAGUUGCAGUGAGAUUUAUUAACUGCCUGACUGCUUGUAAACAUUUGUCAAGAAAAUAGGCAGUUACAGUUCCAAUAAGAUUUCAGGCUUGACAGUAGAUACUGACUCAGCAGCCAUGUAUAAGAUAAAGAAUACAGCUGCACCCAACAAUUGUAAAUUGAUCUUAUGUGUAUAUUUUUAAGAAACUGCUUUUUUUUAAAACAUUUUUAUAUUAAAUAUUCAGUUUAACCUCUUCAGUAAAACAGCCUAGUCAUGCCAGUUCUACUUUUGCUUUUUUUUUUUUCUUUCAGCACUUUUAUGAAGAACAUUGCCAAGCAGCGGUGGUGCAGUCAGUGUUAGGGAUGGGUGCCUGUGUGUAUAUAUAGCAGUCACUGAAUUGUACUUUGUCAUCACCUAUUUUUUUUCUGUUCAGGUGAGGCCCUGAGUGUAAGAGGACUAAAGUAAGUUACUGAGUUUUAAGCGGUUCAGAAAGAAAUAGUGCCUCUGCAUGCCUAAAUGGCCUCUUGCUUCUACCACUAAAAAGAAUCACCAAUACAUUUUUUUCCUUUGCAUGGCACUGGUAACACAUGUAGUAUCAUUAACUGGACUUUCCUUGUUAUAUAUUUUUAAAGGUAGAGCAAAGCUUAAAAAAAAAAAAAAAACCCACUAUAUUUGUGCUGAUUUCAACACUUACUUUUGAAUAACUUUAACUUUCCUAGGGCAGGAGUUGUACAGAUUCAAUGAAAAUAUAUAGUUUAUUUACUCUACAGUGCAAGUUCAUAGUGUCCAGGACUAUGUAAGGCACAAGUUAAGCUUUGGAUACAUCAAAAGCUACAGUGUACAGAUCUUCCCCCCAGCCCUCACAUGAUUUAGUGCAGUUGCUUUUCUGGAAGUUUCCAGAGCCCCUUGUGGAAGCAACAUCUUUUGGAAAGCUUGCUCUGCAACAAGGUGUUUGGAGAAAAUCUUUCAAUCCCUACAGAGCUAGACACAGAAGUACUAUAGUUUGCUUUGGGUUUUUUUGCAAAGGGUGUCAAUUUAAUGGCUAUAAUGGGGGUAGGAUUAACUUUGAUCUGAAAAAUGAAGGGUUUUUUUUUUUUUUUUUUAUAGUAACAUCACCUCAUUUGACUUUCAGCAUCUAAAUCCCGUGGGUAGGUUUUGCUCUUGCAGUAACUUAUGUAAAUUAGAGUACAAUUUUUCUGAAGUGCAAAAACAGUUAAGUUGACUAGUCUUCCUCAGCGAUUUCUUUGGUGCAAUGAAUAAGUUAACAAGAGUAAUUUGUGGGGAAUAAAGUUAUCACCACAGUGAUUAUUUUCUAAUGUUUUUAUAUUUGGAAUUGUUAAACCAGUAGUUUUGGUGGAAUGAGCUUCAUUCUUCAGCUCUUCUUUGAUUGUUUCAAUAAAGAAUCUUCAAAUUAUUA